AUGGAUGAGUUGAUGAAGUGUGCCACCAACAUUAAGCAUUUGAUCUCUCCUAUGUUCCGGUACAAAAUCACCCAGCAGUACUUGUGGAAGGUGCUGUGCGAAGCACGGAAGGAGGGGAUGCUCUUCUGUGACAAGCUAAGGCAGCCGCAAGUCUACCACAGGCUUCAGGCAAUCAAGGCGGAGAUCACGGCGGGCCCAUACGGAGUGGCAGGUUGGCAGGCGGAAGAAGAGGUAGAAGAAGAUCUGAUGGACAAAAUGGUGGUGGAAGCUGACUGCAUCCCCGGUGGGAUUGACGGAGAGGCACCUGAUCGCAAGCAAGUCUUGGAUCGCCGCGAAAUCCAGGGAGUUCUCGACUUUGGCCAGAAGAUCAAAUCAGAAGGAAAUGAGGCUUUCCUCAACGAGAACUGGGAGGGAGCCCUCACCAGGUAUUGUCAAGGUGAUGAAAUGCUGAAGAACUUUGCUGCAGAGCCACAUCUAGACAAAGAGAACAAGGAACUGAAAACCAUGCAUCGCCAGUGCUUGAACAACAAGGCCAAUGCCGCGCUCCAGAUGGAUCAAUGGCAGACAGCCUUGAGAGCGGCUGAGUCUGCACUGAAGCUGAAGAUGGAUGAUGAGAAGGCACUCUUCCGAAAGGCUCAAGCUUUAGAGGGUCUUGGGCGAACCGACGAGGCGCUGGAAGUGCUGGAUGAAGUCGAACAGAUCGCAGAAGACAUGGAUCAGGACUUCCGCGAACAUAUCAUGGAUGACGUCCGCGAACGGCGGGAGGAGAUCAAGUCGAUCGAGCACAAAGCUGCCAAGAGCUUCAACAACAUGUUUAAAGCCAUGGGGGACAAGCAGGUGUUUGGCAGCGGCCGCUUCCUCCCUGACGGCACUUCACCACCCCCAGCUCUCACAGGCGCUGAGGAAAGGCAGCUUAAGAGGAUCAAGGAGCAGGACGAAUACAGGGCUGCAAAGGCCAAGUACGAGUUGGAGCAGCGCCGAAAAGCUGGGACCCUGAGGCAAAAGAUGGAAGACCAGGAAGAUCUGAGAGAUCUGAGGGCACUGGAAGUACACAAUGGGCUUCCGAACAUUGAACUCUUUGUGGCAGAGGAUCCAGUUCUGGCGGCAGAGAUCUUUAAGGAAGCAGGAGAGGCGCAGAAGACUGGACAUCUUCUACAUCGAGUCGAGUGGGCCGAACUGGUGGAUGUGGAGAAGGUAUCGGCUGUGCUGACUCGAAUCUUUGGAGGGAAGGACUAUCUUUGUGCGGGUGCAGGUGGUGACAGCGUUUUGCCAGGGGUCAGCGAAUACCAGCCGCUUCACGCUGAUCUCAACUUUCCGGGAUGCCAUGAACGUAGAGACUCUCCAGUGGUGACCCUAAAUGUCCCGCUAUCCCCUCUGACGUGGUUGAAUGGCCCCACGCGAGUUAUUCCUGGAACACACCAUGUGAAGGAAGGGUGGUCCUGCUGGGAGCCACCUGAUCCGAAGAAGGAACCUUAUGACUGGCGCUACUACACUUUGUGCCCACUCCCUGCAGGCACCGCCAUUUUGCGAGACAACCGCUUGUGGCAUGGCGGGACACCGAACCUGUCUCGAGCCACGCGCUUUUUGCCCAACGUGGAGUUCGCUGCUAGCUGGUGGUGCUGGGGAUCCACCGAUACGCUUUGGCGGAAUCCCUGGAAGCUGGCGCCUCGAUGCAUGCCACGGCGCCUGUGGAGAAGGCUCUCACCAUUUGGCCAGCAUCUUUGCAGGCUGGUGGUGUCGGACGAGGAUUUGGACUAUGGAGAAGGGAAACCUAUCAUAGACGAGCCCAAAGAGCCUGACAUGCCAACGCCCAACAAGCCACCAUUCGGAUACAGGACAUCAGAAAGAACCAGGACCCUCACAAAGGCGCAGGCACAGCAACUCUUGGAGGAGUGGAUUUCAAGUGUUGUGAGACACUUUUUUCACCUGCAUUUCGCUUGCGGUUUGUUGUUCAUACGUUAUAUAUGA